UUGAGGCGUGAGCUCGAGGCUGCUCUGUGCUUCCUGAGCGGAAUGAAAUCCACCAUGGCUGAAGUACAGGAGAGGAUUUCAGCAUUUCCUACGCAGGAGAAUUUCUAACACCCGAGAACUUGUCUACUCGAGCUGCUGGGCUUCGACUGAAGAGAGAAUAAAACGCUCACCUGGGCUUUUUUUAUUUUUGUAUUGAUAUACCUGAGAACAGGUCUGUCAGCAACUUUAUGAUCUACUCUUGACCGGAAUGCAGUGAGGGUGGUGACCCUUUUUUUUCUCACACUGGGAAUAACCCACACUGAGAUGUCACAGUAAUGGCAUCUGCGGUGGCCAAUAGGAGUCCGGGAAACCAGUCGUUGGUCCUGAAUGGAGUCGACCCUGAAACGUGCAUGAUCGUGUUCAAAAACCACUGGGCCCAGGUGGUUAAGAUCCUGGAGAAACAUGACCCCUUACGCAGCAGUGGAGGUCUCAGUCUCGGGGUCGGAAUCCACACUUUUCGAGGUCACGGUCUCCGUCAUGGGGCAAUCCCAGUGGACGAGGCGAGCGCCGUACAAAACUACGUAGAGCACAUGCUCUUUCUUCUGAUGGAGGAGCAGAGCGGAGUGAGCGGGGCAAUGGGCCCCAUACUGGAGUUUGUCAUUAUGGAGAACGUGAUGGAACGCCUGUUCGUGUGGAGCCUGAGGCAAGAUUUCACCGAGCAAUCAAAGCUUGAGCAGCUCAAGAUGUACGAGAUGCUGAUUGGUCAGGCCAAGCAGCCGCUGCUGCAUCACAAGCCGAUUCUAAAGCCGUUGAUGAUGCUGCUGUCGUCCUGCUCGGGAACAGCAACGGGUCAAACAGGAGCAAGCGUUCCGACUUCCUCCGCAGUGGAGCGUGAACUUGUUCUUCUCCUCCAUCAGCUUUGCUGCAUUGUGUCCAGUGAUCCCUCCAUCCUGGAGCUGUUCUUCCACUCCAGCGAGGAUCAGGGAGCCGCUAACUUCCUGCUCUUUUCCCUGCUUGUUCCCUUCAUCCACAGGGAUGGGACGAUGGGGCAGCAGGCUCGAGAUGCCCUGCUCCUAAUCAUGACCCUGAGCAAUGACAACCAACGUGUGGCUACACACAUCGCACACAACACCUUCUUCUGUCCGGUGUUAGCCACAGGUCUAAGUGGUCUGUACUCAUCUCUGCCCACUAAGCUGGAGGUGUCCAGUGAAGACUGGCACUGCAUACAGAAAGAUGAAUGGCAGCAGGAGCCUGCUCUUGUUCACUUCUUAAACUCACUGGAGUUCUGUAAUGCCGUCAUGCAGGUGGCUCAUCCAUCAAUCAGAGAUCAGCUGGUUGGCUACAUCUUCAAUGGUUUUCUGGUUCCUGUUUUAGGACCCGCACUGCAUAAACAGACCCUAGAGGAAGUCAUGACCACUACGGCUUAUCUGGACCUGUUCCUAAGGGCUGUCAAUGAACCUGCACUGUUGCACACCUUUCUUAGCUUUAUCCUCCUCCAUCGUCAUGACAAAGUGCACAUCCUGGACACACUUGUCAGUCGUAUCAACACGCCCUUCCAGUUGGGCACCGUGUCUCUCUCCCUCUUCCGCACUCUGAUUGGUCUGUACUGUGAGGACGUCAUGCUUCAGCUCAUACUCAAGUAUCUGAUCCCGUGCAAUCACAUGAUGCCGAGUCAGCGGCGUGUCCUGAACGAGAGAGAUUUCUAUUCCAUUUCUGCGGCAAAAUUUCUCGCCUUCACUCCAUCUUGCUGCUCUCCAGACCUCGUCGCUCCACCAAUCCGUCAGCUCGACUCCAUUACAUGGUCUAAGGUCACAGAUGGAGAACAUUCAGGUACCACAGAACCGGAGGCGUGCAUCUCGGAGCACGAUGAUUCCGGUCACUCGUGUGUGAUCGGCUCAGAGAUUCACCUGGACCUCAGUUACCUGCAUUACCUAUACGACGCGCGUAACGGCAUCAGCAGCUGCAUGCGUGCAUGUCGGGUCUGGUCCGCCCCCUACGACGGCGUGAACCCGCCUCCUGAGGACAAAUCUCGCCCUCGUGUGAUGUCACAGGCGCUUACUGAAGUCGCUACCUCAUCGGGUGUCGAGCUAGAGUGGGACGACAGUUAUGAUGCUGGUUCUGCACGAGCGCAGCAGGAGGCGGAGGAAGAAGAAAGCGCCGUUGCUGUUGUUAGCGUCCCGAACGACCCGCCACAACACAUUCAGGAGCUCCAAAAGACGGCAACUCUGCUCGUCAACGGCUCCUACGUGGAAGAGUCGGAAUUUCAGGAUGACGUCAUGGUGUAUGAUCUGGUGGCGCAGAAGAACUCCAACGAGUUCUCUAAUAGAAAGCAAAUUAUCCGCAAUGAGACAGAAAUUUCAGAUGAAAAAUCAGACAAUAAAAAAACGGACACAGAGAAACAAAAUUGCGUCCAGACUGAAGCAGAUCAUAAGUCACAUGACCUUCACACAGACCAAUACGAGGACCUGGCGACACAGUAUGAGGAUCUGAUCCGCACCCUGGUAGUCGAAGUGAAAAGCCCAACAAGGAUGCAGCAAGAGUUGAGGAAUUCCAUCAUGGAGGAGGAGGACGACGUGGACUUCAGCUUGUUUUUACCUGAGACACCAGACACAGAGAAAUCCCCCUCACCAUUUAGGACUAAACGUCACAGCGUGAGCAUGAGUCACGCCAUACCUUUUACAGGCCCGUUUGUGAGUGUGCUGCUCUCUCGACUUGAGAACAUGCUGGAAAACUCUCUGCACGUAAAUCUGCUAUUAACGGGAAUCAUCGCUCAGCUCGCCACUUAUCCACAGCCACUGCUGCGCUCCUUCCUGUUAAACACCAACAUGGUGUUUCAGCCCAGUGUUCGCUCGCUGUACCAGGUCUUAGCCUCGGUGAAGAAUCAGAUCGAGCAGGUGGCAGCGAGGCAAAAGGAUUUCUCUGACCUUCUCCUGGCAGCACAGCAGUGUCUUCUGGCCAGAGAGAGUUCACGCGCAGUGCAAGACUCGCAGCAUCCUGAAAAGAACGUGAAGAACCGAUUUGUCCAACCCAAGACUGUGGUCCCUUUGAACAGGACAGAGGUUUAUGCCACCGUCGUCUUUACAGAGUUCCUUAAAGAACUGGCUGCCAUCACGCAGGAGCACUCCAUCCUCUCCUACAUCCCCAUGGAGGAGUAGAGCAAAAUGUCCAAAACACUCAUAUGACAUAUGAAGCAGAUGUCUCCUAAUCCCAGCUCUCAUUGAUGGAGUAGAGUUCACGGUUUCUUCACUUGGUUUGAUGAUGAUGAGUACAUUUUAUGCCUCAUCUCAUAUUGAGGGAAUAGAGCUAGGUUUUUACUUCUGCCACCUCAACAUGUCUCUAUUUAAAAAAAUGCCUAACAAUGAAAACCUCGAAAAAGAAAUAUUCAAUAAAAAAAACUUCACGUCUGAGAACCACGGAUAAAUACAUAAGUCCUCCAAAGUCAUCAACUGAUGUGUAUCCCAUGAUUGGUUUCAUUUUUUAACUGACCACAAAGAUCUUCAUCUUCUUUUACAUCUCAAAGACCGAUCGAGGACUGGAGCUGCUUUUACUCAUUAUCUUUGAAUAAUUUUUCCCGACUUUGCUAGAAGAUUUAGCCACUGUACAGAUUUAUUUCCUUGUUGAGAAGCAAAGUUGGAGGUGCUUUCUCCAUCCGCCCGCCAUCUUGCCAUGCUCAACUCUGCUUGAUGCAGUACUGCAACUCAUAAAUACAUCUCUAGGGGACUUCACAAACUCUCAAGAGGAAUUUGAUGCCUAUUAAAUCAUUUCCCGUCUUCCAUGGAGGGAGUAGAGCUCCAUUAUUUUUAAACUUAUUAUUUCAUCACAGCUUUUUUAAUGAUUGGUGUUAGAAGAUGGAUAUACCUCUUACUAAUUAUAGAUUGAUGUCCUCAGUCAUCUCUAUGCCCUUUUAUAGCUUCAAAAUGUUUAACCGUUUUUAUAUUUCCACUUAGUGGUGGGCAGAAUUGUUCUGUUUUUCUGUGAUCUUUUGUGUACUAAUUCUGGCACUACACUACAAGAUCACCAGGAUAUAAAGAUGACUGCACUACAAAACUGAAACAAUAAGAAGAUUCAUACUGAUGCCUGUGAACGCUCACUUUAAAAAUCGCAUCUACAAUCUGAAUGUCCUUCAGCCAAUCAGGUGGUCAGGUUUGAGUCUCUAAUAUCUGUGCCUUAAUGUAUAAGAACAGCAAAGAAUAUGGAUGCUAGUUUUAUUUUUUAGAAUUGAAUACACAAUAGUGUAAUGUAGUUAUUAUAACAGUCAUAUAACAGUCGUCAGUGGGCGAGGGUAUUUAAACAUUUUUGUAGAUAUAUUAUUGUAUUUUUUUUUGUGCAUAUAACUGUAAUUUCUAUAAUAUUCCUAAUCGAAUCUUAAAAAAGGGCUCCAUUUUUAAUAAUACAAAAGAUUAUUUAGUGAAGGUUAUUUAAAUAAAAGUUCAUUUGGAAGGUAAAACAGUGCAAUCCAGUGUAAAAAAUAAAUAAGAGGUCAAAAUGUA